AUGAAGAAUUCUCUUGGUGGUGCAGCUAAGGCUAGGGAGAGGAAGAAAUUAAAACUGGAACAAGUUGCUCAUAAUUGUUCACAAAACAUUUCUAGCAUGUUUAAUGCUAUAACAAAAAAAUCUUCAAAACUUGAACCAGUUGAACCUCAGGGUAGUAAGUUUACACAACCUAGUCCUAAUAGCCAAUUGCAGCCAGAUGAAGAUCAUCAAGAAUAUUUAGUUGAUGAUCCUAACCCUGUUCAAUUACCUUCAAGUAUUCUACAAGGACCUGAAAACCCCAAAGACAUAUCAUUAACUAAAAGUGAUAAACUAGUACAGCCUGAAAUGAUAUUUCCUGCCAUCAAUGGUCGAAGGUUUUCUUGUAAAUUCUAUGAAAAGUACAAUUGGAUAGAGUAUUCAGUAUCAAAUGAUGCGUUAUUUUGUUUCCCAUGUCGUCACUUUGCUGCUAACCUGUCAGCAUCUGGACAAACUACAGCUCAAAAAUGUUUUGUCAACUAUGGUUCUAAAUGCAAAAACUGGAAAGAAAUAACGAAAUGUUUAGCUAAGCAUAGCAGGUAUGAAAGGCAUAUUAUUUCUACACAGCGUUGGUGUGAUUAUCAAUUAGUUCAAACAAAUAGUAAUCAUUCGGUAGCAAACCAAUUAAUUAAUUUUAGACAACAAAACAUUAAUGAAAAUAGAAAUCAUGUCCACUUUUUACUGAAGGCAGCACUUUAUUUAUCUAAACAAGGUUUAGCCUUUCGUGGUCACAUUGAGUCUGUAUCAUCAAAAAAUAAAGGCAAUUUUAUUGAAAUAUUAGAAAUGUUUGUAAGUGAUGAGAUGAAGUUACGGUUACAGUCCCGGUAUGGUCACUAUACUAGUCCAUCAUAUCAAAAUGAUUUUAUUCAAAUUAUUGCUACAUUAACAAGACAACAUAUACUAGGUUCAAUUAAUAAAUUUGGUUUUUACACUUUUAUGGUUGAUGAAACAAAGGAUUUAUCCAAAAAAGAACAAAUGAGUUUUUUGUUAAGAUUUGUGGAUAAUGACUUUAAUAUUUGUGAAAAAUCAAUUGGGUGCUAUCACAUGAAAAAUUCAAAUGCUGAGAGUUUAGCAAAUGAAAUAUUUAAAAUACUAUCAACAAAUAAACUAGACAAAAUGAAUUGUAUUGGCCAAUGUUAUGAUGGUGCUUCCGUGAUGAGUGGGGAAUUUUCAGGGGUUCAAGAAAGAAUACGUUCAGAAGUUCCUCAUGCCAUAUAUAUUCACUGUUAUGCCCAUCGAUUGAACUUAUGUUUAGUUCAAACACUUCAAAAUAUACCUUAUAUUACUCAAAAAGAUAAAAAUCUUGAUGUUAUUCAUUUAGAAAGAUUGAUAGACACAAGAUGGGCGUAUUGGUACACAUCAAUUAAAAAAAUUAAUAUGCGUUUUUCUGAAUUGUUAGAAGUUCUUUCAGUUCUGAGUAAUGAAGGUGAUCAAACUGUAAGAGCUAUUGGAAUUUUAAAUGAAAUGUCUACUUUACCCUUCAUAUUAACCUCACUCUCCAUGGAAGCUCUUUUACAAACAGUCCAUUGUGCCUCUCUAGGACUCCAAAAUUCCAAUGUGAUACAAUCCGUGGCAGUUAAUUUAAUAAAUAGUACAAAAGAGUCUAUUAAACAAAUGCACAAUGAUACUUUUUGGGAAAAUAUUAAUAACUCAGCAAAAUUAAUUGCUGAAAAAAAUGGAAUAGCUAUAGAAAAUAGUAGAAGAAAUCGAAGACCACUGACUUUGAAUAAAAAUCUUAAUGACUUUUUUGUGCAAUCAACAAUAGGACAUAAUUCUAAACGGUGCAUUGAUACUGAUGAAAAUUUACAAUAA